GCCUGGGCCGCUCGCGAGGGCCGCGCGGGGCCAGAAGGAUGGGCCAAGCGGCGGGGGAGAGCCCCUUUUCAUGGUUUCGAGAAGCGAAGGGCUGCUGCCGCUUCUGCUGCCGCUGAGAGGAAGCCUCGGGCCGAGGAGGGAGCGGCACCCCCCGAGUGUCUGCACGGAGCCCCGCCUCUGACUGCCUGGGCUGGGCGGGGACAAGGCAAGGCCAGGCCGGCACCAUGUGCUGGAGGCGCCAGGCGGACUAAAGCAGCGGCUUCCUCCUCGCCUUUCUUCUGCGCUUCCGAGCAAAGCCGGCCCGGCCUGAUGGCAGCCGAGGUGGCGGCGGGGGGCCCCAGCGCCCGGCUGCCCUCGUCCCCGGCGCGGAGGGACUUCUACUGGCUCCGCUCUUUCGUAGCGGGAGGUGUUGCAGGAUGUUGUGCCAAAACCACCAUUGCACCUUUGGAUCGAGUCAAGAUUUUAUUGCAAGCUCAUAAUCGUCAUUAUAAACAUCUAGGUGUGCUUUCUACAUUGUGUGCUGUCCCAAAAAAGGAGGGCUACCUAGGAUACUACAGAGGAAAUGGAGCAAUGAUGAUUAGAAUCUUUCCAUAUGGUGCAAUUCAGUUUACAGCAUUUGGUCAAUAUAAAAAGAUGAUAAAGAAGAAGCUUGGCAUUUCUGGACAUGUACAUCGGUUAAUGGCUGGUUCCAUGGCAGGUAUAACCGCAGUAAUUUGUACUUAUCCUCUUGACAUGGUGAGAGCACGUCUGGCAUUCCAAGUGAAAGGGGAUCAUAAGUACACUGGGAUUAUCGAUGCUUUCAAGACCAUUUACACAAAGGAAGGUGGCGUGCAAGGAUUUUAUCGAGGGCUUAUGCCAACAGUCGUGGGAAUGGCUCCGUAUGCAGGUUUCUCCUUUUUUACCUUCGGUACCUUAAAGAGUGUGGGACUUGCCCAAGCCCCUGCCUUGCUUGGGAGGCCUUCGUUAGAUAACCCUGAUGUCUUAGUUUUGAAAACUCAUGUAAAUUUGCUGUGUGGUGGCAUAGCUGGAGCAAUAGCACAGACAAUAUCUUAUCCUCUUGAUGUAACGCGUAGACGAAUGCAGUUGGGCGCCGUGCUUCCAGAUUCUGAAAAGUGCCUUACAAUGGUACAGACACUGAAGUACGUUUAUGGAAACCAUGGAAUACGACAAGGGCUAUACCGUGGCCUGUCUCUGAAUUAUAUCCGUUGUAUUCCCUCACAGGCGGUGGCCUUCACCACUUACGAACUCAUGAAACAGUUCUUGCACCUCAAUUAAAAACAGGAAUUUAAUUGAAAAAGUGCUUCUCUUCUUGUUGCAUUUAAUGGACUAAAAUUUCCAAUUUCCAAUAAUUAUCACUGGAGAAGCACUGGUAUUUAUACUCGUCUCUUCUACCAAAAAAAAAAAUGAAGAAUGGUCUAAAAGUGGAGAAUUCCGCUUGGAUAAGAUAUGUGGGCAUUGAACAAACAGCACCUGAACAUGUAAACCGCUUGAUCAAAAUACAGUCAAAUUUAAUAAACAGAAACUUAUCAUGAAAAGGGAAAUAAAUUUUAUACAGUUUCCAAAUAACGACAUAUUUUCCAUUAUGUUUCAUGCGUUUAUUUUAAAAAUUGGGUGCGUAUUGUAACUUAAAAUAUAGGUAUAUAAUCACAAAAUUCUUACUUGCAAACUAGUUCCACUGGAUCCUGUGAUUCCUGCUUCCAUACAAUUGUGUUUAGGAUAAAAAGUCUUUCUGCAACCCACAAGCUGCUUACUUUAUAGGGUUGGUGUUUUUUUUUUUUACUGAAUUUCUGUUUAUGGAUCACAUUCUAACUGUAUUUCUUGAAUUUUGAAAAUUGUCUUUCUAUGAUACAGAUCUGGGAUUCAAAGUAUUACUUAAUCCCUUUUUGUAAGAAGGUUGUGCUAGUCCAGUGCAGUGUUUCUCUUAAAUAUGGACUGUCUGCUGUAUUGCAAAUGUUGCCGGUGGAGGUGGUAGUAAAGAAAAUGAA